AAAAUAGAAACAAUCUCAAAUAGUUCAGACUAAUAAAUAUGCAGAAUAUCUAAAGUCUAGAUCAGAACAGCAUGAGACGUCAGAAAAAUAAAGCAUGUUUAAAAAGUUAAAAGAAAGAAAAGCAACAGAAAAGUAAGGAGGUUUCAGAAAAGUUGACAGACCGAAAAAAACGUUUUAAUAGCGGCUUUGAAAGGAAGUGACUAUUCGAAAGGAAGUACAGAAAAAAAUAAAGUAAUUUAGAUAAUUGAGUUUAGAAAAACAACAUGUUAGGGGGUUUAUGUUUGCAAAUUAAAUGAGUCGCUAAAGGAAAUAGAUUUUUUAAAAAAAGUACUCGAUAGUUUGGAAUAGUAAAGAGGUUUCGUGACUUUUUUAACAAGUUUGAGGAAUUUGGAGAGGGGCUGAGAGGGGAGGGGAUCAGCCACAGCCACAGGAAGCGGAAUCACGACGGUCUCCUCUCCUCGAAAGAUCUCCUCUGUCUCCGAGCCCGCUCCUACUCUCCCUUGGAGUUUGUGUGCAAGUCCACCCCGGGCCAGCGCACCACCAUGCCACCGUCCCUCCGCACCGAGUUCCUGAGGAGUGCGCUGGGGGCGCUGAGGAUCUUGCAGCUGAUGUUAGGCACCGUGGUCUGGGUCACCAUCGCGGUCAGCAAGUACGAGGGAGCCCUGCACUACGUGGUCUUCGUGGCCGUCUUCUUCUGGCUCUCCACCCUGGCCCUCUUCUUUCUCACCUUGCUGGGCAAGAGCGACUUGGUCCCGGUGCUGGGCGGCGAGAGAUGGACCUUGACCAACGCCGUCCACGACGGGCUGGCCACUCUCCUCUACCUGGUGGCCUGCUAUCUCAUUGGCAGCAAGACCAGGGAGAAGAGCUUCUGCGACCUGCCCGCCUACAGCUACCACUGUCCUUACAAGGUCUACUUGACUGCCACUGUCUUCGUUUGCCUCUGCACACUGCUCUACCUGAUCUCAGCUGUCUAUUGCUGCUGCAAAAAAUGCCGUGGUGAUCAGGCUGUCAUCUAGCUCUUGCCUCCUGAAAGAGAGAAAGAAAGAGAGAGAGAGAGAGAGACCUUGACCUUUGGAUUCCAUGCUGACCCAUCUCACCUCCAACGCCACCACACAAACCAAGAGUUGCAUAGAAGGGACCCAAUGGUCAAACGAAGAAUCCAAACCUUGUACUUUUCACAAUGGCACCAAAACUUGUGCACCCUUGCAUGCGGUCUCAGUGGACUAUUUAUUUGCUCUUUGUACUCAUCUGGGAUCGUGCUUAUUAGGCAUGGCAAUGCUUUACUGAACUCUGUGCACAAAAAAAAGAAUAUGUUUUGGACAAUUGGACCCAAAACAUCGCCCAACCAUUUCCCUUCCGCGGAUGCUGCCUGGCCCGCUGAGGUCUUCCUCCAGCGUCUUGGUUCAAGAUUCCAGCAUCUUGCGCCUCUUGCUUGUGACCAGGGUACCAUUCGCACGGAUGCGUAGGGCGUAGCAACAGGCCCCACCACAUUCCACCAGCUCCUUUGUGCUUUGCUCAAGACUCCAACCACCUGCGUGUAGCUUUCUCCUCACCCCCCCACUGGCCACAUGGCGAUCUUCUCUUCUCCCAAAGCGGAGAAAGUUCCAGCGAAAUAAAGACGGGAGCCCAACCGAAAGGAAACACGGAAAUUGCAAUUGAAGACCCAAAAACGUCACCUAUCCACGUUCUCCAGACAAGCUGCCUGACCUGCUGUGUUCCUCCAGCACUUUGCGGCCUUUAAUGUAAAUCAACGUCUGUAGUUCCUUGUUUCUGCAUUUUGUUUUCAGCAGCUGAAGAUGAGAAGACUCGUAUGGAUUAUUUGCUGAAAGACCUGCAACAACUGGAGUUGAGUGUGGUGUGUGCGUGUGUUUAAUUCUGUUUAUUAUUAUCAUGUGUACCGAGGUACAGUGAAAAGCUUUUUUUGUUACGUGCUAUCCAGGCAGAUUAUUAUAUACAUGAUUACAAUCAGGCUGUCCACAAUGUACAGAUUGUGUGUGUGUGUAUGUGUGAGAGAGGGAGAGGUUUGUGUGUGGAUAGAUUAUACCUUAUACAUCCCCCCCCCCCCCCCCAUUUAAUUCCCAUUGAGGCUUGGAGUUAAAUCUUUCCUGCAUAAUGUUUGGUAAAGCUUUAAUUCAUCCUUCCUCGCCUCCCCUAGCCCCAUUUCCCCUUUCCAGAACAUUCCACAGAGAUCUUGGGAGCUGAAUUAAUUUUCUUUUGACGAGAUGAAUUGGACCACUGUAUCAUAGAGGGAGAGAGAGAGAGAGGCAGAUGCACACAAAGACUUUUAUACAACUUCUCUGGCAAGCAAAGUACUUCCAAAGAUUUAGAGGGUGAUGGAGGCCGGUUCUCUGGAAGCUUUCAAGAGAGAGAGCUAGAUAGGGCUCUUGAAGAUAGCGGAGUCAGGGAAUAUGGGGAGAAGGCAGGAACG